AUAUUUAACAGUUAUAACUAGCCUUUUCCGAAAGGGUAUUCUACUCUUCUUUAAGAAGAAAAGUAAGUAUAGAUAUUUCGCUUACAAUUAUGUCCUUCCAUUACAGUAAAGAGCUUACUCGGGACUUGAAUAUUCCAAAGCAAUUCAAAAAACAAAAUAUCAAAAGACUAGCUUCUGGGAAAUCCAGCCAUAAUGUCAAAAUGGCUGAACGAUUUAGAAGAAGUAAUACUACUGUCGAGAACAUGGUAAUUUUCAAUGAUAUAAACACGCUAAUGCGUUUUAGAAGAUUAACUGAUCUUGAAAAACUAGCCGCUGAAUGCAAAGAUUUAGAUUGUCGCAUGAAUUGGGCAGAUGCUAUAACGGGAUUUUUUGGGGCAGCGGCAGCAGUUGCUGGCACUCUAUUGUUGCCAGGAUUGGGAUUGGCGCUGUCUGGAUUCUGUUUUGGCGCGGCGAUAGGCAAAGGAUUGCUGGGAUCCGCUUCGAUUGAAAGAGAUUGCGCUGAUGUACCAUUUUAUGAAUUAGAAGUGAGACUAAACAAAACUUUAGGCGAAAUAAACCGGAAAUUAGAUAAGCAAACAGAAAUAUUAAAAGAUAUUUCUAACACAGUCAAGAAAACUUUAACAGAAAUAGAAAAUAUGAGAAUAGCGAUGGACCGAGGAUUUGAGAACAUUUUAGAUUCCAUCGAAGGCCAAGAUGUGAAUGAAUUGGUUUCAACUAUAAACACAGCUUAUAAAUCUUUUACGUUUAGUGAAAAUAAUCGUAGAGACGCGCCAAAAGAUCAAUAUGUGAAUUUUAUAGAGCAGGAGAUUGGAGAUAAUAUCUUGUUUAACUAUGUUAAACUGGGUGGAAAGUUGUACGAAGCGCUAUUCUCGAUCCUCGAUAAAAAAUACGCGAUCCCAAAAAAUAGUAUUCACCAGAAUGCUUACUAUGCUCUAAAUGCUCUCAGUUUCGGAACCGUUACUUAUUCGAAUAUUGUGUUUUCUCUGUUAGAUCAGUAUACUUACGUUGCCGAAUAUUAUUACCAGGAGCGAGAUCUCAUUAAAUUUAACACAUACCUUGAUCGCCUCAUAUUUUAUUUUACAACGUUUAAACACAUUUUUACAACAGCUAACAAUGGCUUAGUUGAGGAUGUCAUAAAGGUUAUGGAAAAGGUACAGAGAAUGUACAACCUCGAUAACGAUAGAAAAGAACUGUACAGUGACAUUUUGAACAAAACAAAUCAUUUGAAAUGGGUAAAACAAAACUUUCAGAAGAUGAAUUUACAAAUAAUAGAAGAAACGCCAGCAAAUGAAAUUGAUAUUAUCUUUAAUGCUGGUGGAAAAGUAAGCAAAACGAACUUUUUAGAUUGGGAAAGAGGAGUCGAAGUUAGCUACGCACUUCAGUACGAGGAGGAUGGUAAGUAUUCCAAAAUUAGCAAAUGGAUAACUCAAGAAGUGCUCGACAUUGCUAACCCUCAGAUAUCAAUUAGAAAUUCGAACCAGAAAAACAGGAUCGUUUUUCGGAAAUUUGAUAACAAUCCACCAGAAGUGGUUCAGGUUAUUUCGGGAUCUCAGUUACAGUUUAGGGAUCUUGAUAGAGAUUUAUAUGAUUUAGCUUUCAAAAACUCUUACGAUGAUAACAGUAUAAUGCAGAAUAUGAAUAAACUUUUAAGUCUUGGUGCCAAAGUUUCUGCCGUUUUUGAAAGCAAAAGAAGCGUGAUUCACGCAGCAGCUGCAGCAGGAAGAGUGAAUAUGUUGAAGCGAAUUUUAGAAGUCGAUCAUAGAGUCCUUAAUCAGAAAGAUUCGGUAGGUUACACUCCUUUGCAUAUAGCUGUUGAGAACAAAAGAGAUGAUUUCGUGCGCGAGCUAGUAAAACAGGAUGCUGAUGUCAAUGCAAAAACGAUUGAGCAUGGCGUAACACCUUUACAUUUAGCAGUGCGUUUCCAGUCAAAAAAAAGCGUAGAGUAUUUAUUAGCUAGUGAUAAAAUUAAACCUAAUGAGGUUGAAAGAUCCAGAAAAACUGCUCUGCACAUCGCUGUUUCAGAUAAUUCUUUGAGCACUAAAAUUGCUAAACAGUUUAUCAAUAGUAAUAAGGUAGAUGUGAAUAUCAAGGAUACGCUAGGACUAACGGCCUUACAUAUAGCAGUUCUGCUGAAUUCGAUUGAGAAUGCUUUCAAUUUAAUGCGCAGAAAAGGAUGCGAUAUAUACGCUAAAGACAAAAACGAUAUGGCCCCCAUUCACUAUUUUGCAAUGAAAGGGCGUAUCCGUAUGCUUAGCGGUUUCAUGAAUUAUGGUUUUGAUAAUAUAAACUCUCCUGGUUCGGACUAAAAAUGGACCCCUCUUCACUUUGCAGCCUAUUUUAAACACGAUAAUCUGGUAGAUGGUUUGAUACGGUGGACAAUGGGAAAAUCGGUAAGACAAAUCUCUGCAGAUGAGCCCGAUAUAGAUCAGCAGACGCCAUUGCAUUUAGCUGCUCAAGCAGGUUUGAAGCAAGGUGUUAAUACCUUGAUGACUUAUGCCUAUGCAAAAGCUUACAAAAAGACUGCCGAAGGCUAUACACCCCUUGCUAUAGCAAUUCUUAACAAACAAACUGAAAUUGUUAAGGAGAUAGUAUCUUUAGAAAGCGAUUGGUUACAAAAGUUGCCAGAUGGCAAAUACACUAAGGAUGUAGAUGCAUGAUCAUGUGAAUUAGCAAAGGAAAAGAAUUUCAUGUUUGAUUAUUUGGUGAAAAAGGUCGCUGUGAUAGAAAUAAGUUUAUAAAAAGAAGUUCAAAUGCCGAGCAUAAAAGCGAAAAAUUUAGGGAAUAUAGUAGACACUUUCCCCAAAAACAUUACACCGAAAAUGGAGCUAAGUUUUUAGCUGAUCCCUACAAACUGAAUGAAGACAUGAAAGUUAAAGAAUUCAAAACUCACGCAAAUGUUGAUGUCACUGGUGCUUUACUCUUGCUAGACUUACUCAUUCGCAAAUUUACUAACGAGAAAUAUGUUUCUAACUGGAAGUUCGUAAACUCUCCUUACGAUGCGACGGUUCAGGCUUUGAAAAUAACCGAGAAAUUGAAUAAUUUAUUAAAUGAAAAGGGUUCGAAAAAAUUAGAUUCAUUUGAUGUUUUUUCAAAGAUACAGAAAGCCAUACAUAGUGGUAACGAAAGUAAAUUUAUGGACACGUUAUGCUCUUAUGUUAACGAGUUUGCUUCGCUAAGACCUGAAGAAGUUAGGGGAAUUCUAAACGCAGUUUUACUGCAUACAAAAAUCCAAAUUUCCAAAAAUCAGAUCGACAGAAAGCUGCAAAGUUUUGUCGAACAUCACUGCUUUGAGAGAACAUUUGGAAUGUAAUUCGAAUUUGUUAAAUAACAAAGUUUCUAUUAAUGGGACUCAAGUUAAGUUCACUAAAUCUUAUAUUUAGUAGUAGACUUAUAUUUAACGUUUGGUGGUGGAAAUAGCUUAAAACUUUUUUUAAAAAAGAAUCUAUGUGUUUUUAAUGAAAUAUUUUGGCGUUAUAGAACAUUCACUGUUUUAAAAAAAAGUUUUUUUUUCAAAAUUCAUGUACACUCAAUAAUAAAAAAAAGAGCAUAAAUUCCAAAGGCAGCAAUUGCUUGUCAACAUAAUAAGUUCUAAAAAACAAAAACUAAAAUAGUUGUUCUUGCAAUAAUGAAUAUGAAAAGUGCGGUUUUUGAUUAUGAAUUACGUUAAUGAGCUUUUAAAAAAAUCUCAAUCGCAGAAAAUUUAGAAUUCUUAAGAGAAAUCUUUCUUUUUAACAAUAUUUAUGCAAAUAACGUGUAAAGCAUCUUUAUCAAAGGUACCGAAGGAAAGUUUUUUUUGGAGGGGGGGAGGUUGAUUAUGAAGUUAUUAUUACUAUUUCAGAAAACAACUUUGUCUUAUUUAAAUUUAUAUUCGUGCGUUUUAAGCAACAAAAAAAGAAAAAGAGGUAAAAAAAAGGGAAAAAAACGUUGCGUUUUACAUAGAAGUUGCAUACUAGGUUUAGAAACGUUGCUCGUAUAGAAAAACAGUGGUACUGUUAUUUUUCAAAUUUAUGUAUAUUCUCAAAAAUAAAAAAAGAGGCACCAAAUGUCAGCUCCA